AUGAAUAUAUGUAGUAAGUGUAACAAGCAAGUUAAGAUAAACGAUCUUAAAAUUUGUUCCAAGUGCAAUUCCACGUACCAUUUCCAGUGCCUGGGCAUUCCUGCAGAUAACUUUUCUAAAGAAUCGAAAUCCUACAAGGCCAAUUGGAAGUGCUCAGAGUGUAAAUCUACAGACAAACGGGGUGGUAACUCCAAUUCUCCUCACCAUCCAGUAGGACCGAUCUCACCCGCUGCUGAUUGCGAAGACCUCAAACAGUACAUCGACAAAAAACUCGAUGAAUCUUUAUCGCGUCUUCUCAGAGAUAUAAGGCGAGAUUUUGCUGAGGAAAACUCUGGCACACGCAGUAUAAUACAGGAGCUGGCAGAUAGUGUAAAUUUCAUGUCAUCGAAGUGCGACGAGCUCAAAGCUGACCUGGACGUAAAGACCAAGAAGAUAGGAAUUUUGGAAUUGGAGAACUCUUCAUUACGAUCACAAGUAACUGAUUUGAGCGCUAAGCUGAAUCAACUUGAACAACAAUCGAGAGAUUGUAAUCUAGAAAUUCAGAACGUUCCAGAAUUUAAAGCAGAAAACCUUAAAACAACUAUCCAGCAGCUUGUUGCUACAGUGGGCUGCGUGCUACCGGAAAACGAGUUAAUAAACUAUCAUCGUGUUGCAAAAAUCAACCAAACAUCAAACCGACCUAGAUCGAUUAUAGUCAAACUCCCCAGUCCUCUGGUUCGGGAUAAAAUACUUGCAGCCGUUAAGACGUUCAACAGGACUCAUCAGGACAAUAAACUUAACUCAUCUCAUUUGGGCCUCGCCGGGGAACAGAAACCUGUGUACGUUUGUGAACAUCUAUCACCUACAAACAAACAAUUACACGCAGCGGCUCGUAAAGUGUCCAAGGACAAAAACGUUCAAUUUGUGUGGGUUAGAAACGGCCGUAUUCAUAUGAGGAAGGACAUAACGUCAAAAAGCUUUGUGGUUAAGGAUUUAGACUUUCUGAAUUCCCUUAAAUUCGAUUAG